CUCUCAUUUGUUUGUUUACGUCCCAUGUUGGCACCUUGAAGACUCAUCAGCUGGCCGCCUUCCCCUUUUUCCCCGCAUAGUGUGAGUUUCGGCACUUUCCAGGCCCUCGGUGUUGGCCACAAUGGACUACUCUGUGUCAGGCGUCAGGAAGCCUCGCUUGAGACAGCAGGUACGGGGUCGUAAACCUGCUUUUGGGGCAUCACGGGGACCAGGGGACGGUGCCGCCACCACCACCAUGUACGACCACCAGCACCACCAACAGCAGCAGCCACCACAGUAUGACAUGUAUGGGCAGCCACUCCCCCAGCAGGGUCCCCCACAGCCCCAGCUCUUCGAGGACACCAGCGGCCAGACUUACAACAGUUAUGGCAAUCAAGGUUAUGGGGGAAUGGGUUAUGGGCACCCAGAUGGCAGGCAGGAGGGCCAGCAGGAUCAAGGAGGCUUUGGUGGCUACCCAGGAAACCUGCCUGGGCCACAGAUAUUUCAGGACCCCAUGGUGGCUAACAUGGCUAUGCAGUAUGGGCAGACUCUGGCCAGCCAAGGCCGGGAAUAUGUGGACAAGAAGUUGGAGAAGUAUGUCAGCAUGAGUCAGGUCAAGUAUUACUUUGCAGUGGAUACCCAUUACGUCAUGAAGAAGCUGCAGCUCCUCUUCUUCCCAUUCACUCACACGGACUGGAGUGUGAGGUAUGAACAGGAUGCCCCAGUUCAGCCAAGGCACGAGAUCAACGCACCAGACCUCUACAUCCCCCUUAUGGCCGUGGUCACCUACAUCCUGGUGGCAGGCCUCUGCCUCGGCAUCCAGAAAAGCUGCGGUGACUGCCCAGAGUUUCUUCUCAGGUUUUCCACGGAUGUACUGGGGAUGCAGGCCAGCUCAGCCCUUGUGUGGCUGGUGCUGGAGAUCUUCAUUAUCCUGGCUACUCUGUAUGUCACUGCCAUUCAGACACACAUCAAAACACUGGAUCUGCUUGCUUUUUCCUGCUAUAAAUAUGUGGGCAUGAUCGUGUCACUUCUGGCCGGCCUGGUGAUGGACAGCCUCGGCUACUACUGUGUGCUGGCUUACUGCAGCCUCAGCCUUGUGGUGUUCAUGUUCCGCACGCUGCGAUGGCAGGUGCAGGGCAGUGGAGGCACGAUGGAGGCCUACAGUGUGGGCAACAAGCGACGCCUCUACCUGCUGCUCUUCAUGUCUGGCCUGCAGCCCCUCAUGAUGUGGUGGCUGACGAGGCACCUGGUGGCCUAGAGAUGCUGCUUUGCUGCCCACUCUGACCAACAUUUGUAUGUGCUUCAUAUUGUGAUGGCCUUAACAUCAAGCUUUUGUUUGGCUAGUUUAAUAAAACAUACUAUAUUAUUUGAUAAAUUA